AUGGCACGAACAUCUAAUGUGAUUCGAUCUCUUCGCUCCACAAACGCUGUGAAAAAUCUCGAGGAAAAAUAUGAUUUCGACGUUGAUGAGUUUAAAAUCGCACCAACAAAAUCUUUGAAGAUAAUUAGUAGAGGACUACCAAAAAGUGCCAAAACGCCACUUGAUGAUUCCCUGACAACACAAGGUAAUGAGGAGGUAGAUGCAUUGGAUGGACUGGAAGAUACGACAAGAUCUAUCACAAAUAUGAUUUUGGAAAUUGAAGAUCAUCAGCUUAACCAGCAAAAUGCCAAAGAUCGAGAAGAUAGUCUACCUGAUGAUAUUUUUCAGGGAUUUCAUAAGAAAAUGCUUAAACAGGAAAACCGUAUGCUCGAGACAGAGUUGAUGCAAGGGGAAAAUGAGGCAGAGAGGUUACACUUGUUGUAUGAAAAACUUGACUUGGCAACAUGGCUUACUACACUCCGAAAGAUCACGGUCAUAACAGAUCUCGAUGAUGAUAAUGAAAUUUCAAGAAAAAAGGAACAGACUCAGAAAUAUAUUAAAUCUGUCUUGGAAAAAUUUGAGAUAAUGAAAACCCGCUGUAAUGUUUUAGCAAGAAAUUAUAAAACUGGUAAACUGGAUCCCUCAAGAGACUGGCCAAAGCUUUAUAAAAAGAUUGAUAGAAAGCUGUUGAUUAAUUACCGCAGCUCGUCUGACGAAGAUGAGGAGGACAUGGAUGUGGAAGAUAUUAAACAGCAUCGGCGCCAAAAGAGGAGGAAACAAUUUCGAGGCUCGUUGAUCAUUCAGUUGACAGCCACUCCAAAAGCGCCGCUUACAAAAUAUGCCAUUGUAGCCGAACCUCUCAUUCCACCAUAUGUAAUCAGAGUAUCAAAAGAAGAAAGGAAGCGAUGGAAUAGAAGUAUGGAAAGUGCGCCGGCCAAAUUCGAAUACUACGCUCAACUUCCAAAUCAGAUUGCGGUAGCCAAACGCAAAUUUUCCAUGCCAUUGUACCUAAAAGCUGAUAAAAUCAUGGCCCAAGGAGAACCCUCCAUGUGCCUUGAAUCCCAAAAUGACUCACAUUUGAGACUUCCUGUAAAGAGAAUCUCAAUCAAAGUAAAUAGUCGCAAUCUUGAAAGCCUUCCGAAGAAGCUUAGCCCUCCUAGUCUCCUUCCGACCGUUCAUACACCACCUAUGAGAAGAAAAAGGAGAAGGCAGGAAUGA